GGGUGCAUAAGUGGAGAGCAGCUCUUACGGAAGCUGCAGAUUAUUCCGGUUGGGAUCUCCAAAAUGUUGCAAACGGGUACGAAUCAAGGUUCAUAGAGAAAAUUGUUGAUGAAGUUUUGUGUAGAGUGAACAAUGCUUGCAUGGAUAUUGCCAAACAUCCAAUAAGUAUAGAUUAUCGUGCUGAAAAGAUGAAAGCUUUAUUAAAUCUUGGAACAAGUGAUGUUCGCAUCGUAGGCAUCUAUGGCAUGGGUGGAAUCGGUAAAACAACCUUAGCCAAAGCGGUUUAUAACCAAAUAUAUGAUGGGUUUGAAGGAAGCAGUUGUCUUUUAAAUAUUAAAGAAAUUUCAGAACAACCCAAUGGUUUAGUUCAUUUGCAAAAACAACUUCUUUCUGAGGUCUUAAAAACCAAGAACUUGAAGAUUGCCAAUGUUGAUAGAGGAAUCAAUUUGAUUAAGGAAAGAUUUUUUUGUAAAAGAGUUCUUGUUAUCCUUGAUGAUGUGGAUCACUUGAAACAACUCAAUUCAUUAGCUGGAAGCUCUGAAUGGUUUGGUCCAGUAAGUAGAAUCAUUUUAACAACUAGAGAUGAACAUUUGCUAACUAAACUUGGAGUACAUGAAAAAUAUAAGGUCGAGGAAUUGAAUCUUGAAGAAUCUCUUCAACUUUUUUGUUGGCAUGCCUUUAGGAUGGCUCAUCCAAUAGAAGAUUACUUGGAGCUUUCAUUUAGUGUAGUUAAUUAUGCAGGAGGGCUUCCAUUAGCUCUUGAAAUUUUGGGUUCCUUUCUAUCAGGAAGAAGCACUAUUGAAUGGAAAAAUGCAUUGGAAAAAUUACAAAAAUUUCCUAAUCACGAGAUUCAGAAAGUACUUAGAAUGAGCUUUGAUUCACUAAAUGAUGAUACUGUGAAGGACACAUUCCUUGAUAUUGCGUGUUUUUUUGUUGGUAUGGACAAAGAUUAUGCCAUCAAAAUAUUCGAUGGUUGUGGUUUCUUUCCGGAUAUUGGUAUUUAUAUUCUCAUUGAGAGGUCUCUUGUGACAAUCAAUUUAAAAAAUGAGUUGAGGAUGCAUGAUCUAAUUCGAGAUAUGGGAAGGGAGGUUGUUCGUGAAAGGUCAUCCAACGAUCUAGAAAAAUGUAGCAGAUUGUGGUUUCGUGAGGAUGUCUUACACGUGCUAAACAAACAAAUGGGAUCAGAAGCAGUGGAGGGUCUCAUUCUAAAUAUAUCUAUACUUGAAGAUGUACAUUUUAAAGCUGAAGCAUUUGCAAAAAUGAAAAAAUUGAGAUUGCUCCAAAUCAAUGGUGUAAAUCUCUCAGGAUGCUAUAAACAUCUUUCUGAAGGGCUAAGAUGGCUUUGUUGGCAUAAGUGUCCUCUGAAAUUUCUACCAUCAAAUUUUCAUUUAGAGAAUCUUGUUAUCCUUGACAUGCAUGAUAGUAAUAUCAAACAAGUCUGGAAGGGGAUCAAAAUACUCAACAGGUUGAAAGUCCUUAAUCUCAGCAAUUCCAAACAUCUAGUCGAGUCACCAAACUUCUCACAAGUCCCAAAUUUGGAGAUACUAAUACUUGAAGGUUGCACAAGUUUGGUUAAGCUUCAUGAGUCCAUUGGAAAUCUAAAAAAACUUAUGUUGCUGAAUUUAGAAGGAUGCCAAAACUUAAGGGAUCUUCCAAGAAGUACUUGUAACUUACAAUCUCUUCAAACUCUUAACUUGUGUGGUUGCUCAAAACUUGCUAAGCUGCCAGAGCAAUUCGAGAAUAUGAUGGCUCUAACGGAAUUGAAUGCAGACAGAACUGCUAUUAUGCAACUCCCUGCCUCAUUUGGCCUUUUGAAGAAUCUCAAAACUCUAUCAUUAUCGGGACGUAAAGGACAAGCCUCAAAAUCUUGGUUAUCGCGUUUCUCAUCAUGGAUAUCGCCAAAAAGCUCAAAUCCCACACAUUUGCUCCCAGCUUCCCUUUCUGGACUAUGGUCUUUGAGAAAACUAGUUCUGAGCGAGUGCAAUCUGUCUGAAGAUGGGAUUCCAAUUGAUCUUGGGUGUUUAUCUUCACUAGAGGAAUUGGAUUUAGCAAGAAACAAUUUUCGUAAUCUACCUCAUUGCAUCAGCCAGCUUCCUAAAUUAAGAACAUUGUGGUUGACUAAGUGCACGAGUCUUCAAUCAAUUUCAGAACUCCCCACAAGUUUAACGACCUUGCAUGCAACUGACUGCACAUCAAUAGAAACAGUCUCAAAUCUGUCGAACCUGAAAAGUCCACCUACAUUUUUUCUUACAAACUGUCAGAAAUUGGUUGAGAUUCAGGGCUUGGAGAGUUUGGAAUUUGGACCAUUAAUUCACAUGGAACAGUGUAACAAUCUAGCAUGUGAUUUUAGGAGGAGUGUUCUUCAGUGCCUGUCCAAGUGUGACGAGGUUCGUGCCGUUUUCCUCCCGGGUAGUAAGGUUCCAAAUUGGUUCAGCCAUCAGGGAAUUGGGUGUUCUAUUUCCUUCGACGUACCUCCACUUUCAGAGGGUGAAAUCCAGGGGUUGCUCGUUUGCGCUGUUUAUGCAGCCAAGGAAGAAUCCGAUGCGAUAACUUCAGCUCCUUUCUUGAAAAUCACUAAUAAAACUAGAGGCCACGAAGAAAGUUUUAGGCCAACGUUCUAUGCCAUCCCUAUAACAUGUGAAGAUCAUUCCUGUGUCUGCCAUAUACCACUCAAAAGAUAUCAAUUUGAGAUGGAAAGUGGAGAGGAAGUGGAGGUGUACAUCAUAUCUGCUGAAGGCAUUGAAGUGAAGGAGUGUGGAAUUCAUCUUCUAUUUGAUGAUUCGAAUGUAAGAGAUGGAUAUGGAAGUAUGGAUAUGGAGUCGUCUGCUAAGAGGGGUCGAGACGACAAUGAGGCAGGACCAAGCAAUGAUUGUUCUAAUGAUCAACAAAAGUGCCCUAAAAGGUCAAGGAUGGAGUCUCAAUCACAAGAAUGA